AUGCAAAAACAAAAUGAAAAUUUAUUUUCGGAGAAGUUCAAGCUGUUAAAUUCACAAGAAAAUACAGAAAAAAUUCUGUGGACUUGCAGUGAAUCGAGUGAAUCGGACGACGCAUCGAAUUGUGAGCGAUUAGCUAACUUAACUAACAAAACGCGAAAAAGAAAAAGGAAACCUAAGAAAAGAGUGCCGAAAAACAUUGCUAACUUAGAUGUUACUAUAGUCGACGUGCCUAAAAGUGUUAGCGAGAAUAAUACUAUAGUAAAAUUUUCAAAAUCAUUACAGCAAUGUCACUCGAGAAUUGAGAAACCAUCGCCAACUUUUGAAAGUGCUUUCCCGCCUUAUAAACAUAGUAAACACGAAGGCAGUUCACCAAUAUUGUUUUCCAAAGCCUGUGACCUACAAAAGCGAAGAUGUUUACCUGAUCAGAGCCCAAUAUUAAUGCCUAAGUACGCAUCGCCUAAAAAUUCUUCAAAAAUAAGAAAAAUAUUAUUCCAAAAUGGAGAAAAUUCUGCAUCAAACAUAAAAACUCAUAAAGAAUCAAUAGAAUCGAAGAAUAAAAGCUGUUCCCCUAUAUUAUUGACAAAGAAAGACAGUGUACAAGAGCUGCAAAGGUGGAAAAGUGAAAACCUAGCCACUAACAGCUUUAAAAUCUCUACUACACAUCCAAACUCGAUACAUAUAAAUCAUAGCAAUUACCAUCAAGAUACUAUAUCAAGAUUAGUAGAAAAUAACCAAAACAUUGAUAAAGAAAAUACAUCAGUAGUAAUUAUGGAGACACCCACAUAUGAGAGUUCAAAAUCGGAUGAAUGUAAUUUAGAUGAUAGUCUUGUAAUGUUAAAAACAAAUAAUCAUGAACUAGUAAAAAGAGUUAAAUCAUAUUUUGACAGCCAUUUCAGCUCAGAAACAACUUCACAAUGUUCCAUUAGUGAGAGUCUGACUCCAAAACAGAGUACAAAAACAAGUGACGAGAUAGAAAUUUUGAAUAUUACUACGCAAAUAAAUUCCGUCAUUAAUAGUUCAUCUUCUGUUGAUGAAAAGAAUAGAAGUCCAUCACUUGAAAGCUCUCAUAAUGGCGAAAUUGAUGAAAAUUCAAAAAAGAUUCGCUACAAGAAAGAUGGUCUAGCUUACCACCUUAAUGCACUCCUUAAAAAACGAAUGGCAAAUUUUUCUCUAUGGCAACACGAGAAGUUUAUGGCGGAAAAUUCUAAUUUCGUAAUCCCAAAAGGAGAACAUAUUGUGUUCCGGAUUCAAAAAGUUGAUUUCAAAUAUGGUUGCUAUUUGAUACAGGCUGUGGAUCUUAGUGAAGAUAUUUUUUUAAUUUUCAUCAAUAAUAAAUAUGUGCAAAAUUGUAUUAUUAUGCCAGAUAUGAUUUUUAAAUUGUAUAAACCUUACAAGAGUAUAAAUUUUAAAGAUGAAUGUAAGCUAAUAAUAAAUGUUUGUAAGUUUGAAUGUUUAAAUUUUAAGCCUUAG